UAGAGUUUAUUACCGGGCCUGGGGUAAUAACAAGUUAAAACCAGCCCAAACUGUAAAAAAAAACCGUAGAGAUGAUGGGAUCUUCCUUUAGGUUUAGGUUUAGGUAUAUCUGAUUUGUCAUUCUUCCUUUCUGCAUAUUGUCGAUGGAACUCCAUACCAGCGUGUUCGGUGUCAACCGACCUCCCUCGGAAAGCUUGGAAGAUAGAGGUAAACUGAUCAAAUUGGAAUCGGAAAGCUUGGAAGAUAGAGGUAAACUGAUCAAAUUGGAAUCGGAAUCGGAAUCCGAAUCAGAAUUGGUUUCGGAAACGGAAUCGGAUUCGGAUUCUGAAACGGAACCGGGAUCAAAGCCGAAACCGCGGGUGAUUUAUGAUUGGGAAUUGAAACGGCCUGAAGAUCUUGUUGCGAGUGACUUCUCGAUGUAUGAGGAUGACCCUAAACCUUUUACAAUGUGUUCUGGACGCUUUGAGUAUAAGAACAAGGCCUGGAUUGAAAGAGAGAAGAAAAUUGAAGUCGCCAUGGCUGACUAUAGAGAGCGCUCUCGCAACCUAAGUAUCUUCGAUGCCAUCGCCCCUCCAAAAAUUGCAGGUCUAUGUGGCGGUGUAAUUCCCCUUCCCAUAGACGAUGAUUGUCGACUUAAUGUCACUCCCCUAUGCAAUGCUGCCUUAGACAACUACAAUAAUGAGAAUCAGGGUUCAAAUUUUGUGCUUGCUGAUAUUUUAAGGACAACCUGGAGAGCUGGUGGUAUGUAUUACAUCACCUUUCAAGCCACCCAUCCUUCCAAUAGCAAUGCCACAACUUUCCAGGCAGAAGUACAAAGAAAACCGAAGGGAGAACACAAGGUCUAUUCGUGCGCCAUUAAAACAUAACACAUACCAUGGUAAUAAUGUAACAUAUAUUUGAUUUUGUCAUUACGAAGAAUUGGUCUUCAAACUAGCCUAAGACUAUAUUGAUAGAAGCAUCCUUUGAAUCA